AUGUUGUCUCUACUGUGGUUCCUUCUGCCUCUUCUGUCCCUUCUCCUACUACUUUGUCUCCGACCAUAUUUUCCUGCUAAAGAAUAUCUAUCAUAUAAAAAGAUUGACGAGGAAACUUAUGUGGUCGGGGAUGAGGAGACACCUAAAGGGCUUGGGAGAGAGCCAAUGCCGAGACACGUGGCAGUGAUAAUGGAUGGCAACCGGAGAUGGGCGAAACAAGCCGGAUUGCUGACGUCACAAGGUCACGAGGCCGGAGCUAAACGGCUUAUGGAAUUCGUCGAGCUCUGCUUCACACUAGGGAUAGAUACUGUCUCAGAUUUUGCUUUCUCCACUGAGAAUUGGGGAAGAGAAAAGAUUGAAGUUGACUGCUUGAUGUCUAUGUUCCAACAAUACCUCAAAUCCAAGAUCCAAUAUUUCCAAAGCGAGGAAAUCCGAGUUUCUGUAAUCGGGAAUCUCGCAAAGAUCCCAGAAUCCCUCCUAGGAACAAUCAUGGAGACAGAGGAAGCUACAAAGAGCUACAAGAAGAAGCAUUUCAUCGUGGCCAUAGAUUACAGUGGGAGAUUUGACAUCUUGCAUGCAUGUAAGAGCAUUGUGAAGAAAUCAGAACAAGGCUUGAUCCGAGAGGAAGAUGUGGACGAGACGUUGUUUGAGAGAGAGCUUCAGACAAAGUGUACCGAGUUCCCAAGUCCUGAUCUCUUGAUUAGGACAAGUGGAGAACAGAGGAUUAGUAACUUCUUCUUGUGGCAACUCGCUUAUACCGAGCUUUUCUUUUAG